UCUGAAGGAGUAUUUUCAAUUUUUCAUUUGGUGAUGUUUUUAUUCACUUUGCAUAGAUCUUGUGUUGCGAUUGCUGGAGCCGAUUACUGUGUUAUCGCCGCAGACACCAGAAUGUCCACCGGUUACAACAUCCUCACUCGGGAUUACUCCAAAAUCUCCCAAUUAGCGGAGAAGUNUGUGAUGGCUUCUUCUGGUUUUCAAGCUGAUGUGAAAGCCUUGCAGAAGGUUUUGUCUGCUAGGCAUUUGAUUUAUCAGCAUCAACAUAACAAGCAAAUGAGCUGCCCUGCAAUGGCUCAGCUUCUUUCAAACACACUUUAUUACAAACGCUUCUUUCCCUAUUAUGCAUUCAAUGUUUUGGGUGGCCUGGACAAUGAAGGAAAGGGAUGUGUUUUCACAUAUGAUGCUGUUGGUUCCUAUGAGAGGGUUGGAUAUAGUUCUCAGGGUUCUGGAUCCACACUUAUCAUGCCAUUUCUGGAUAACCAGCUGAAGUCUCCUAGCCCACUACUGUUACCUGUCAAGGAUGCCGUUACUCCACUGUCUGAAUCAGAAGCAGUUGAUUUGGUUAAAACCGUUUUUGCAUCUGCUACUGAGAGAGAUAUAUACACAGGGGACAAGGUUGAAAUCGUCAUCCUAAAUGCCAGUGGUAUUCGUCGUGAGUACAUGGACUUAAGGAAAGACUAGUGCUCUCUACAAAACUUUUGAAAUGCUUCUGUAAUUUCUGUAAUUAUAAAUGACAGUGGGGUUUUCCCAUGAGGUGAAAUUAAGAAUAGCAUUUCCUGUGAAGUUGCUUUGAGCAAGUACUUUUCUGUUCAUAUUAUAACUACUAGGAUUCACUUAUAUUUAUAUCUUGUUAUAACUUGUUUAACUGCCA